ACCCGAGGGAAUCCACUCCUCCCAGGAGUGUGUGGGGACGUGCCCCAGCUCAGCGGGUGCCUCAGCUCGCUGCCUGAGCCGCAGUGACCAUGGGACAGGUAGAGGUGCCGGGCAGGUCGUGCAGUUCUGCCAACACGCUGGGGCUCCUGGUCAGGGGGCGCAGAGGGAGCCAGGUGAGAGGGGCUGAGGGUGGUUCAGGCAGGAUGGCUCUUACCUGCAUGAGGUGGGAGCACCUUCUGCUGCAGGAGAGGGGAUGGGGCCCCUCGUUCUGCAGCCCCCCGAGCUCAGUCAUCACCAAACCCAGCUCUCUGACCUUCUCCUCUUUCCACCAGGUCCUCCUCGCCCCCUCUCUGAUGCCAGUCCCGCCCUGCCAUGAGUCUAUGAGCCCGCUCCGGAUCAGCGUGGGUGGUCUGCCCGUGCUCGCGUCCAUGACCAAGGGUGCUGACCCCCGCUUCCGACUGCGCUGGAAGGCCAUCGUGCUGUCCUCAGCCUGCCUGGGCUUCGUGCUGCUGCUCUUCUGCCUGCACCGUUCGUCCCCAGCACGGCACGGCCCCCCCAGCCCUCGUGCCUGGCAGCUGGGCCUGCAGGCGGGGGAGCGCUACAAUGACACCUACCCGCUGUCCCCAGCGCAGAGGAACCCCGAGGGCGUGCGCUACCGCAUCGCCGUCAUUGCGGACCUGGACACGCAGUCCCGGGGCUCCCAGGAGCACACCUGGUUCAGUUACCUGAAGAAGGGCUACCUGGUGCUGUCAGACAGUGGGGACAGAGUGACGGUGGAGUGGGACAAGGAUGAGAGCAUGCUGCAGUCCCACCUGGCUGAGAAGGGCCGGGGCAUGGAGCUCUCCGAGCUGGUGGUGUUCAACGGGAAGCUGUACGCGGUGGACGACCGGACAGGUGUGGUCUACCAGAUCGAGGGCAACAAGGUGGUGCCCUGGGUGAUCCUCCCAGAUGGGGACGGCACUGUGGGGAAAGGCUUCAAGGCGGAGUGGCUGGCAGUGAAGGAUGAGCACCUGUACGUGGGGGGACUGGGCAAGGAGUGGACCACCACGACAGGGGAGGUUGUGAACGAGAACCCCCAGUGGGUGAAGGUCGUUGGCUACAAGGGUGACGUGAGCCACGAGAACUGGGUGACAAACUACAAUGCACUGAGGGCUGCAGCAGGGAUCCGGCCCCCAGGGUACCUGAUCCACGAGUCGGCCUCCUGGAGCGACACGCUGCAGCGCUGGUUCUUCCUGCCGCGCCGCGCCAGCCACGAGCGCUACAGCGAGAGGGCGGACGAGCAGCGCGGCACCAACCUGCUGCUGAGCUCCACCCAGGACUUCGGGGAUGUCACAGUGGGGCGUGUGGGCGAGGUGGUUCCCACCCACGGCUUCUCCUCCUUCAAGUUCAUCCCAGAUACGGACGACCAGAUCAUCGUGGCGCUCAAAUCAGAAGAGGACAAUGGGAAGAUCUCCAGCUACAUCAUGGCCUUCACACUGGACGGGCGCUUCCUCCUGCCCGAGACCAGGAUUGGGAGUGUGAAGUACGAGGGCAUUGAGUUUAUUUAACAGACACCUGGAGCGAGUGGAGGGUGUGGGCAGCCUGGGGACGUGGGCAGGUCCUGCUCCCAGCCCGGGCUCCGUGAGGGAUGCCAGGCAGCGCUCCCAGCUCUGUCCUCUGUCCUGGGCUCUCCUGUAAAGUGUUGACUGAGCUGCAGCAGGUGUGGUGCAAGUGUUUCGGCAGUGGCACCUGGUGGCAAGGGACUGCCACCACAGGGUGCUCCCGGCCCCGGGACAGUGUCUGGGUCCUGCAGUGCUGGUGCCCAGGCAGGCCCCACUGCAGCCCUUAGUGGCCAGCCCUGAAUUGUGACAGCCCCCUCUAAAGUGGGUCGGUGGCUCUGGUGACAUCCACGCUCUGGGUUUGCAGCUGAGCCCCAGCUCUGCAGCUCUGCCUUGUGUGGCCUGGGGCUCCCCAGGUGGAGGGGGGCGUGCAGCCUUGGGGAGCGGGUCAGACUUGGGGGAUUUCAUCAGGCUUUCUCUGCAGAAGCUGUUUUUCCUUCCCUUUUCCCAUAAGCUGGGUGAGUUGAUGGCUGGCUCUGUUCCAGAGCAAAGUUUCACAUGAAGCACAGUGGCUGUGCCUACGGGAAGGGGGAACAUCCCAAGUGUGGGUGAUGGGGCUGCCAGCUGUGGCCAGAUGUAAAGUGGGCCCAUCCCAGUGCCAUUCCCACACCACACCCUCCAAGAUGUGUGUGUGCUGGCCUUGUGUCUUCUCCAAGUCCUGGCUGCACAUGGUUCCAGCCCCAGCCCUGUCGGCUCUGGGAAGCCCUGGACAGGAACUGGUGGGAGCUGGCGGCAGUGCAGCCGUGCUGUCCAAGGGCUGCUGUGCUCGGUGCAGGAGCAGGGCCAGGAGCUCCAGUUCUGCUUCCCAGAGCCGGCAGCAGCUGAGAAGCGUUCACAGCAGCCCAGGGCUUUGGCCAGGGAGCCCUCCCCACGCUUGCCAGGAUGUUGUGAAAUUGCGGCCGCAGCCCAUGGCCCCCAGGAAGAACUUGUGUGGUUUCAGGAGCCACAAGUGUCAGAGGGGCCUCUGCUGGCCUCAGGGCCCUCCUGACCCCUCUGACCAAGGGGGCUGCUGGCUCAGGCCUGCCCUGCCUCAGGUCAAGGGCAGCAUCUCCUCACACCUGGACCAGGGUUUGGCUCUGUGGUGUCCCCGAUUUGGUCCCCUUUAACACUGCCCCUAGGGCAGGUCUGCCAGCAAGCAGAGCUUCAGAGAGCUGGGCCUGGCCACUGUGGUUUGGGAGGCCCUUGUGCCCCCUGUGUCCCUCUGCCAUGCCCUGGCACUGCUCUGUGCCAUGGCUGCGGGGUGCAGCCGUGCUGGGGGAGGGAGAGGGGCAGCUGUGCAGCAGCCAGGCUGUGGUUGGGUGGAAGGCUCUGCAGAGUGGAUGGGGCCCUCCCAAGAACGCAGCCAGCUGCUCCCCCCAUCCCUGUUUACAGUGUCAGCACCUCGGUGAGCCAUGCAGAGCGAGGACGAGGCCAGACAUGUGUUUUCAUUUAGCCCAGACAAUGACUCGGCCAGUGCUGGGCUAGUCUGGAGACACAGACCUGUCCCCAGUGCUGUGACAGACCUGGCUUUGGCCCCUGCACGUGGCCUCGGGAUCGUGCAGCACCUGGCCCAGGGCACCCAGGCUGCAUUUGCAGCCCACACCGGGUGCCAGCUGGCCACAGUCCAUGAGGGCCACUCAGCCACCCCUUGCACGUGGGUUGGCAAUCUCUGCUGGCCUCACUCACCCUCCCAGCCCAGCACCAGCAGCUCCACAGCACCUGUCGUGGCCCCAGGACUGUACCAGCGGCUGUCCCUGAUACCUGGUCCCUUCUUGUCCCUUGUGCUGAAGCAUCCCUGAGCCCCUGCCCUCAGCACUGCUGUGCCCUCAGAGCAGCAGCACCAAUGCCUCAGCUGGACCAGCAGGGAUGCUGCUGCUGCUGCUGGAGCUCUGCAGACCACGAGCCCCACCGUGGAGCUGGCAGCCUGGGCCCCAUCUCCAGGUGCCACCCAGCAUCCCAGUGCUGCUGGUGCUGUCACCUCCCAUGUGUUUCCUGCAGCUCAGUCAGGGUUUGGGCUGGGUCCAGCUGCCAGUUCUGUUUCUUCUCAUCCUGGAGGCUGAGCAUCUGUAUUACAUUCCUCUACUGCAAGUAUCCGUGGCAGUGCUGUGGCAAGAGGCUGGUUCAGGAGCAGGUUUUGUGGCCAUGGUGGUGGCAGUCCUGCCAACACACACCCGUGACACCUAGCCCAGCUGUGCUGUGUCCCUGCCUGCUCCGCUGGGACAAAGGCACUGGGGAGGAGAUGGAGCACUCAGCAGCCAGCCAGGCACAGAGCACAGGUACAGUGACAGCAGCAGCAUCCUGACACCCCCAUGGUGACACAGUGUGUGGGUUUGGACUGGGAUGGAGUCUGGUUUAUUUCCAUAUUAGAUGGUGUAGGGCAGUGUUCUGGAUUGGUGCUGGGAGCAGUGUUGGUAACAGGCAUGUUUUCAUUUGCACAGUUUGAGGCCUAUUCUGCUCUUCAUCCCACCAGUGAGGGGCUGGGAGGGGACAGCAGCUGACCCAAGGGAUAUUCCACACCGUAGGGAGUCAUACUCAGUGUGUGGAGCUGGGGGAAGAAGGAGGAAGAGGGGACAUUUGGAGUGAUGGCGUUGUGUUCCCGAGUCACUGCCAUGCGCUGGAUGCCCUGGGGAUGGCUGAGCACCUGCCUGCCGUGGGGAGGGCUGAAAGAAUUCUCUGCUUUGCUUCGCUUAUGUGUGGCUUUUGCUUCACCUGUAAAACUGCCUUUAUCUCA